UUGACCGAAAGUGCAGUGAUUGUCCAAGACCAGUGCUGACGAGGCAUGUGAGCAAGAGAAGUUGAGCUUUCAGCGUGUGUUGUGGAGGGGCUAAGAGCUGUCUCCUGAAUUUCGGAUCAGGCCUUGGCUUCUCCAAGGGCUCCCGCAAGCCUGGUUUUAGGGAAUUAUGUCGUUUAAUACAAGAAAAUGUGUCUGUGAGUGCAUCCUGCAACCCUCUGAGCUGAUAGGAGUAACCUCAGCCCCUUUGCUGAGUACCUCUGCCCUGGGCAGACUGUGGGCAAAGCCAGCGCAGAGAGCACCACAGAAUCAUUUAGGUUGGAAAAGACCUUUAAGAUAAUCAAAUCCAGCUGUAAACCUCACACCAGCACAGGCUCCCAGCAAUCGGGUGAUUGAUUUUUUUGGCUGUACCCAAGGAGUUUGCAGAGGAAGAGGUUUCUGCAGGCAAGGAACGGGCAUAACCCAGGGGGGCUGCAGCGGGUUAGAUCUCUGCUUGCCUUCCUUGGUGCGACUGAUCCCAAAACACGCAGGGCUGGAGCCUUUCCAAAAGGCACAGCCCGCGCUCCCGCUGCGAGGGCGAGCGCUUCGCUUCAGUCCCCGGAGAGGAGGCUGCUGCUGGAGUCCGGGAGGGGAUUUCUCUCCCCGCAGAACACCAAAAAAAAAAAAAAAAAACAACGCUUUUGAUCUCGAGGCUGAGCUAGCAAAGGGUUACGAAUCCCUGUUCGUGCUCCGGGAGCCAGGGGUUGUGCUUCCCUGCGUGGGAAGGGGAUCUGUCCGUGGCUGCGAGGGGGAAAGACCCGUGGGGCUGAGAUGUUGCCCGUGGCAGAUGGCGCUCCUGCUCCGCGUGUCCCCCCGCCGCCCAGGGCUGUCGAGGCAGGCGGUUUCCUGGAACCGGAUCCUCGGCCUCGACAGAGCCGCCUCUGCCCUCGCCGCCUGUAGCCAUGGACCUGCGAGCGGAGCUGCUGAAGUCCAUCUGGUACGCCUUCACCGCCCUGGAUGUGGAGAAGAGCGGCAAAGUCUCCAAAUCCCAGCUCAAAGUGCUGUCUCACAACCUGUACACGGUGCUGUGCAUCCCCCACGAUCCCGUGGCGCUGGAAGAGCAUUUCCGCGAUGACGACGACGGGCCGGUGUCCAGCCAGGGUUACAUGCCGUACCUCAACAAGUACAUCCUGGAUAAGGUGGAAGAAGGCGCUUUUGUCAAAGAAAACUUUGAUGAGCUCUGCUGGACCCUGACAGCGAAGAAGAAUUACAAGCCUGACCGGAACGGGAAUAGCAUUGUAUCCCACCAAGAUGCCUUCAAGCUCUGGUGUCUCUUCAACUUUCUGUCCGAAGACAAAUACCCUCUUGUCAUGGUGCCAGAUGAGGUGGAGUACCUGCUGAAGAAGAUCUGCACGGCCAUGAACGUGGAGCUGAACUCCUGCGAGCUGGAUGACUACCUGUCCCAGGAGCAGCAGGGGCAGGGGGGGCUGACGGUCUGGCAGUUCCUGGACAUGGUGAACUCGGGGCGGUUCCUGCGAGGCAUCGAGCCGGAGGCCGUCAGCAUGGCCGUGGAGGAGGUGUACCAGGAGGUCAUUGAGGAUGUGCUCAAACAGGGCUACCUCUGGAAGAAGGGCCAGCUGCGGAGGAACUGGUCAGAGCGGUGGUUCACACUGAAGCCCAGUGUCCUGUCCUACUACAUGAGCGAGGAACGGAAGGAGAAGAAGGGGAGCAUCACGUUGGACAAGCACUGCUGCGUGGAGGUGCUGCCCGACCGGGAUGGGAAGAGGUGCAUGUUCUGCGUGAAGACCUCCUCCCGCACUUACGAGAUGAGCGCCUCCGACACCCGGCAGCGCCAGGAGUGGACAUUAGCCAUCCAGACGGCCAUCCGGCUGCAGGCUGAGGGCAAGAAGUCCCUGCACAAAGACCUGAAGCAGAAGCGACGGGAGCAGCGGGAGCAACGGGAGCAGCGCAAGGCGGCCAAGGAGGAGGAGACGCAGCGGCUCAAGCAGCUCCAGGAGGAGAAGGAGAGGAAGCUGCAGGAGCUGGAGCUGCUCAAGGAGGCCCAGAGGCAGGCGGAGAUACUCCUGCAAGAGGAAGAGCAGCGGCGGAGGCAGCAGCACGAGGAGAUGCAGAGGACUCUGGAGAUCCAGCUGCAGGAGGCUGAGCAGGCUCGCGCCUCCAUGCAGGCGGAGAUGGUCUUGAAGGAGGCAGAGGCAGAGCGUCAGCGCAAGCGCAUCCUGGAGCUGGAGGACAUGCAGGAGCGUCUCCAGGAGGCCCUGCAGCAGGAGGUGAAGGCGCGGCAGGACGAGGAGUCCGUGAGAUACGCGCAGGCCAGGCUACUGGCUGAGGAAGAGGAGAAGCUGAAGCAGCUGAUGAAGCUGAAGGAGGAACAAGAGGAAUAUAUCAUCAAAACUCAGCGGGAGAAGCAAGUCCUCAAGCAGGAGAUGGAGAACAAGAACAAGUGUCUGGAGGAGGCGCAGAAGCAGCUGGAAGAAGUGAGAGUGAACAGGCAGCGGGUGGACCAGGACGUCAUGGCAGCCCAGCGGAAGCUGCGACAGGCCAGCACCAACGUCAAGCACUGGAACGUCCAGAUGAACCGGCUGAUGCACCCCAUCGAGCCCGGAGACAAGCGUACGAACGUGAGCGGAGGAGGCUUUGCUGGCUACAAACCCCUCCUCUCCCAGAGAGAUUCCUCCCUCAAACUCAAGCAGAAAGCGGAGGAUAAAGGCAGCGACCCCAUGAGGGACAACAGCAAGGAAAACGUGAGCAAUGGUGGCAACAGCAGCGUGUCGCCGUCUCCGGAUGCAGACACCAUGGCCACGGAGCCCACCAACUAGCCCAGCAGGAUGGCAGAGCCCAGCGGGGAACCGCAGGGCCCAGCACGUCCCUCUGAGUGGACACAGUCAAUACGGCCGUCUCUGGAUGGAGACAAGCAGGGACCAGCACAGAGCCUAUAGGUGACUAUGUAUAAGGCAGUGAUGCUCCCAUUUUCUUCAGGGAAGGGCUGUGGCCACGACGUGCCAGGAGGCUCAGACAGCUCAACGCUGGGGAGGAGGAAGCGGGGCCAUCUCCUCCGGGCUGCCCAGGUGUGGGACCUGGACUCAACUCACCAGAUUCUAGUUUCUACCCUGCCAAAAAAAAAAAAAAAAAAGUCACCAGUGGGUCUGGACUGCCUGGCCCAGGGCUGCAGUCUCCCCUUGGUUUCUACCAGCAACCCUUCCGCAUCGCCCGCUGCGCUCCUGGGUGCGUGGCCCUGCAUCAGCAGCUGCCAGGGAAGCCUUGGCAGACUGAGCAGUGCCCAGAGAAGGGCCGGGUUGUCCUUAACUAACACGUGCAUUCCCUGAAGGUGGUUGUUAGUCAGUGGAGUCACAUCGAUGUUAGCAGAAACCAACAAGCAAUAAAGCUUCGGGAGCCGCUGGCCCGCAGACCUUCCCGGCACGUCUGUGGCCCCGCAGGCACCAGCCCUCCCUCCUCGGCA